AUGUCGUUAAAGCGUUUGCAGUACUUAAUUUCUAGGGUUUUCUGCCCGUUGGAUGUACUGGGUUUAGAGAUUAGUCUCGAAAAUCAGAAUCAAAACGUACAUGAUUGCAGAUCCUCAUUACUAAAUUUAUCAGCAAAUGUAAACGAUCUACGUAACCAAAUUGGUUUUCAAGCUAUAAACCCCUCAUUCACAACAACUAAUAUAAGCAGUACAAAUUAUAAUAAGUCUCCAACUCAGUUUCAAGAAGCUAUAACUCAACAGUUAAGGAUAUCGAGCAGCGAACGAAUGGCUGCUGAAAACCAUCAAAAUCGGACUAGAAAAUCAAUUUGUUUUCCCACCAACUCUACACCAAAAUCCCACGCCAAUUAUCCCCCAAUGACACCAGGAUUUUACAGCACUAUAUUUGUAAUUCCCAAAAAAACCGGGAGCUUGCGCCCAGUAUUGAACUUGAAACAAUUAAACCAAUACAUGCAGGCUCCCCAUUUCAAAAUGGAGCCGCUUUAG